AUGUCUGAAUUAGACGGCCGCGAUGCUGAAGUACGGAGUGCUGAAGGAGACGCAAAUCGUGAUGAUGCCGCUGAAUCCCAGCAAGAACCUUCAUCACAUAGCGAGGAACCUACUCGUGAAAAUGCAAAUAUAGAUUUUUCAGAAGACGAACUCUCAGAUUUGGAUGAAGAUCAAUUCGAAAAUUUUGAUGAAACGAAGAUUGGGCGUGAAGCCGAUGAUGAACCUACCAUUUUCAAUUUGCCUUCAUUCAAGAAAAAGCAAAACUCAGAAGAUGUCAAACCAGGCAAAGUGGAAAGCAGCAAAAAGGAAAGACGUGCCCGGAGAGGCAGGUCGCGUCGUUCUGCUCAACGAGGAGCUUUAGACGAACUUGAAGAGUUGGAUGAAGGAGAACGUCGUCCUGUAGUAGAAGAAGCCCCUUUGGAUCCUUCUGUGGCUGCUAAGCGACAAUUGGAUAUGCAAAUAGAUGCAGUUUUGAAACCAGUUCGUCCAAAAAAGCGCUCAAACGAAGACAAUUUGGAACAGUUAGCCGAUGAUGAAGUCCUUCGUUUACGCGAACAAAUGCGUUUAGCCGCUUUACGGGAUGCAGAGUUGAAUUCGGAACGCCUUCCAGCAACUGAAAAGCUAAAAAUGCUCCCUCUUGUAGAUUCCGUUCUUCGGAAAACUCAUUUGUAUGAUACUAUUCUUGAUAACAAUUUGUUGGAUUCUGUGCGGAUGUGGUUAGAACCAUUGCCCGAUAGAUCCCUUCCGGCACUCAAUAUCCAACAGUCUUUGCUCGAUAUAUUGGUUAAGCUUCCUAUUGAAACGGAACAUUUGCGUGAAAGCAAAAUUGGUCGUGUAAUCUUAUUUUAUACAAUUUCUAAGAAGCCUGAGCCAUUCAUUAAGCGCAUUGCAGAUCGUCUAGUUAGUGAAUGGAGUCGUCCCAUCAUCAAGAGAAGUGCUAACUACCGAGACCGUGCCGUUGGUAUCGCUACCUUGAACCCCGAGCUCAUAAACAUGCGUCGUCGUAGGGAUCUUGCCAUUGCCGAAGACGAUGUCAAUAAUCCCACUAGCAGAAUUGGAAGAACAGUUAUUCCUCAGUCCAUCGAUUCUAGAUACCAAGUUGCACCCCGAGUUCGUCUCAAUCAAAACGGAAUGUCUGUGGCUGGUCGGUUGAAGCCUGCUGAUACAGAACAAGUCCGAAAACUGAAGGCUAAAAUGAAGGCUAUUCGCAGUAAAAGCGCAAAGAAAAGCGGAGUUAGUAUUGAAGGUCGAGGUCUUUAA